AUUGUAUUUGGAAUAAAUGCAUUCGAAUUCUAAAUAAAAUGAUAUAAUAAAUCAUUUUACACAGGCAAUUCUAAGACUCACAGGACCUGUCCACGUGUUUAAAGACCUCAAGAUGUCCAUGCUUGCGGAACCCAGGAGAAAGCAGAAGUGGUCUGUUGAUCCGAGGAACAGCGCCUGGAGUAAGGAUGAGUCGAAAUUUGGCCAGAAGAUGCUCGAGCGGAUGGGCUGGUCGAAGGGCAAGGGAUUGGGGAGAACAGAGCAGGGGUCAACAGAACACAUUAAGGUCAAGGUGAAGAACAACAACCUGGGUCUGGGAACUGCUGCCAACCACGAGGACAAUUGGAUUGCUCAUCAAGAUGACUUCAACCAGCUUCUAGCCGAUCUGAACAACUGCCAUGGUCAAAAUGACAGCAAAGAGCCCCCGACAGAAGAGAAGCAGAGUUUUAGUCUGGAGGAAAAGUCAAAGACAUCCAAAAAGAGGGUCCAUUACAUGAAGUUUACCAAGGGAAAGGACCUGUCCAGUCGCAGUGACACUGACCUGGCCUGUAUCUUUGGGAAGAGGGCGACGCACUCUAAAACCCAGAAGGAGGAGAGCAGUGGUUCUGAUUCCCAGGGCGAGAAGGAGGAGGAGGAGGAGCAAAAGGCCUCCUUGACCCCUGACCCUGAUGUGGAGUCCAUAACAAAGACCGUCACCAGCACCCUCACCAUGCAGGAGUACUUUGCCCAGCGGAUGGCUCUCCUGAGGAAGGGUCGGGAUGAGACUCAGGAUCCUGCCUCCAGCGGAGGACCAGCGGAGGACUACAGUGAGACACAGGCCCCAACAGAGACCUACAACUACAUUCAGAACACCACAGAUGACACAGAACAACCCAAGUCCAAGAAGAAGAAGAAGAAGAAAAGAGAGGAGACGGCAGAGGUGGUGGAGGAAGCGAAGGAGGAGGAAGUGUGUGCAGUCUGUCCUAUAGUGGUGGACUGUGAGGACCAGGAGACCCCCUCACAGAAAAAGAAAAAGAGAAAGCGAGCAGAGAAGGAAGACCUGCUGUCUGAGAACUGCAACGCAACUCCCGAUCAGGAACAGAACUGCGAGGAGGAGCAGACUCCAACUCAGAAGAAGAAGAAAAAGAAACGGAAAGAAACGAGUGCUGAAACCGAUUUAGUUAAUGGACAAGAACCAACUGAAAAUGAAACUGAGGACCAAAAGGUUGUAAACAAAAAGAAAAAGAAGAAACAGAGGGAACAUGUGGAGGAGGUUGUAGUUGUGGACGACAAUGACGAGGUGGUUGAGAUUGUGGAUGACGACAACGUGGUUGAGAUUGUGGACGACAAUGACGAGGUGGUUGAGAUAGUGAAGAGAAAAUCCAAAAAGGACAAGAAGAAGAAAAAGAAUGCAACAAUAGCAUCGUCUUAGAUACUUUCUGAAUUUUGGUGUCUGAUACAUUUGUUUCCUGAUGGUGUGAAUGAGCGACAAAGACGUGAUUGGUCAGCCUCCCUUAUCUGCAAAGGAAUGUUCAGAUGCAGCGAACUAGUGUCCCAGACACCAACUUGGUGCUUCUCUUCCCCAUCCAUUCUGAUAAAUAAACGUAUAUUUCAUCCUACUGAAUUCAUACGCACUUGAGACAUUGAAAAUGGGUUAAGUGGCAAGUUGGUCAGGCCAGAGAGUCAUCAAUGUUUUUAGGACAAAAAAAUCUGAUGAGUUUAUAUUUGAUGAGCAAUACCUUCUAGUGCAGAGGACUAAAUAAAAAUAUAUGACAUCAAAUCAAAAUGUAUUUGUAUAGCCCUUUUUACAAGAAAUGUCACAAAGGGCUUCACAUACGCCCAUAGAACUGCCAUCACAAUUUUAUUUAAAGAAAAAUACAGCUGUAUUGUCUUAAUAAAAUACCAUGUUGUGAAUAAUAAUCUCUGCAGUAUCAAUCAAAAUAAAGUUUGAUUCAAGGGCAGGAUAUAAGAUUUGAAUAUAAUUUCAUUAAACUAUUCAAACCUUGUUCAGCGUCAUUUGCAUCAUGUCAAUCACAGCUUUAUAAUGUCGUCCUUUCAACACCCUAUGUGGAUGUGAGGCUACAAUACAAAGAGAGCGAGGGUGGUAUGUUGACAAAUGACUACUGUCAUGUUUCCAUGACAAACAUUUUACUGUGUAGAUGUUUCCUGGUUACUGCUACUGUUUUACAUGUAAUGGCUGAAUUAUGUGGUCAGUCUUUCCAAUGUCUAAUCCUGUUAUUAUAAAUUAAAAGUUGCC